GCGCUUGCGCAAAUGAUAUUGGUUCCUAGGUUACAACUGAGUAACGCUGGGAAUGACUGGGUGGGUUGGUUGUAUGGGUGGGGCGAGGUCUCCUAUUGGCUGCUCGCCUAAACUCACAGGCCAGCUAAUUCGACGCAGUCAGAAACCAGCAUUCUUUCUUCGUGUUCCUGUGCAGGAUUGGUGUGCCCAGGGGUUUGGCUUUCCAAUUGGCCAGCGCCUGGAUGGGAGGGGAAUAUGGGGAGAUUUGAAUUUGAAGCCGGUAGGCAGUGAUAAUCCGCAUUCAGUUGCGGAGGAGUGCCAAUGACUGUCGGUGUCUGGAGCUGGCCGUCAACAUGUCCUUUCCUAAGGCGCCGCUGAAACGAUUCAAUGACCCUUCUGGUUGUGCACCAUCUCCAGGUGCUUAUGAUGUUAAAACUUCAGAGGUAUUGAAAGGACCAGUAUCCUUUCAGAAAUCACAAAGGUUUAAACAACAAAAAGAUUCUAAACAAAAUCUUAAUGUUGACAAAGAUACUACCUUGCCUGCUUCAGCUAGAAAAGUUAAGUCUUCAGAAUCAAAGAAAGAAUCUCAAAAGAAUGAUAAAGAUUUGAAGAUAUUAGAAAAAGAGAUUCGUGUUCUUAUACAGGAACGUGGUGCUCAGGACAGGCAGAUCCAGGAUCUGGAAACGGAGUUGGGAAAGACAGAAGCAAGGCUAAAUGCUGCAUUCAGGGAAAAAACAUCUCUCUCUGCAAAUAAUGCUGCUCUGGAAAAGCAACUUAUUGAAUUGACCAGGACUAAUGAACUACUAAAAUCUAAGUUUUUGGAAAAUGGUAAUCAGAAGAAUUUGGGAAUUCUAAGCUUGGAGCUGAUGAAACUUCGAAACAAAAGAGAAACAAAGAUGAGGGAUCUGAUGGCUAAGCAAGAAGGCAUGGAGAUGAAGCUGCAGGUCACCCAAAGGAGUCUAAAAGAGUCUCAGGGGAAAAUAGCCCAACUGGAGGGAAAACUUGUUUCAAUAGAGAAAGAAAAGAUUGAUGAAAAAUCUGAAACAGAAAAACUCUUAGAAUAUAUCCAAGAAAUUAGUUGUGCUUCAGAUCAAGUGGAAAAAUACAAGCUAGAUAUUGCCCAGUUAGAAGAAAAUUUGAAGGAGAAGAAUCAUGAAAUUUUAAGCCUUAAGCAGUCUCUUGAGGAAAAUACUGUUAUAUUAUCUAAACAAGUAGAAGACCUAAAUGUGAAAUGUCAGCUGCUUGAAAAAGAAAAAGAAGAUCACGUCAACAAGAAUAGAGAACACAAUGAAAAUCUAAAUGCUGAGAUGCAAAACUUAAAACAUAAGUUUAUUCUUGAGCAACAGGAACUUGAAAAGCUUCAACAAAAAGAAUUACAAGUUAAUUCACUUCUGCAACAAGAGAAAGAAUUAUCUUCUAGUCUUCAUGAGAAGCUGUGUUCCUUUCAAGAGGAAAUGGUUAAAGAGAAGAAUCUCUUUGAGGAAGAAUUAAAACAAGCACUGGAUGAGCUUGAUAAACUACAGCAAAAGGAGGAACAAUCUGAACAGCUGGUCAAGCAAUUGGAAGAGGAAACAAAAUCUAGAGCUGAAGAAUUAAAACUCCUAGAAGAAAAGCUGAAAGGGAAGGAAGCUGAACUGGAGAAAAGUAGUGCUGCUCACACCCAGGCCACCCUGCUCUUGCAGGAAAAAUACAACAGUACAGUGCAAAGCCUUGAAGAUGUUACUGCUCAAUUUGAAAGCUAUAAAGCAUUAACAGCCAGUGAGAUUGAAGAUCUUAAGCUGCAGAACUCAUCAUUACAGGAAAAAUUGGCCAAGGCUGGAAAAAAUGCAGAUGAUAUUCAGGGUCAGAUAUUGGCAACCGAGAGUUCAAAUCAAGAAUAUGCAAGGAUGCUUCUAGAUCUGCAGACCAAGUCAGCACUAAAAGAAAGAGAAAUUAAAGAAAUCACAGUUUCUUCUUUUCAAAAAAUAACUGAUUUGCAGAACCAACUCCAGCAACAAGAGGAAGAUUUUAGAAAACAACUGGAAGAUGAGGAAGCAAGAAAAGCUGGAAAAGAAAAUAAAAUGGCACAAUUAACUGAAGAAAUUAACAAGUGGCGUCUCCUUUACGAAGAACUGUAUAAUAAAGUAAAACCUUUCCAGCUACAAUUAGAUGCUUUUGAAGCAGAAAAACAGGCAUUGUUGAAUGAACGUGGUGCUGCUCAGGAAGAGCUAGAUAAAAUAAGAGAUUCAUAUGCUGAAUUAUUGGGUCAUCGGAAUUUAAAACAAAAAAUCAAGCAUGUCGUGAAGUUGAAAGAUGAAAAUAGCCAACUCAAAUCGGAAGUAUCAAAACUCCGCUGUCUGCUUGCAAAAAAAAAACAAAGUGAGACAAAACUUCAAGAUGAAUUGAAUAAAGUCCUAGGUAUCAAACGCUUUGAUCCUUCAAAGGCUUUUCAUCAUGAAAGUAAAGAAAAUUUUGCCCUGAAAACCCCAUUAAAAGAAGGCAAUACAAACUGUUACUAAGCCCCUGUGGAGUGUCAGGAACGAUGGAAGUAAACCUCUGAAAAACCUGAUUAUUUCAUUCAUACUGUUACUGAUAUUGUUAUUCUGUUUGACAUGGGUAUUUUAUAAUGUUGUAUUUAAUUUUAACUGCCUAUCCGUAAGUAUGUGAAAGGAGCAUUUUUUACCAAAGUGUCUAUUCACAUUUUAUUUUUUCUUAUAAAUACCACCUUCCUAAUGCUCACCUUUAUCAUCUCAUUCUGAACCCUCUCACUGGCUUUCCAGCUAGCAGUGCAUCUGAUCAACUCAACAUUCCUUUAAAAGUCAGUAUCAUGUUAUUAUCCCCCUGUUCUGAAACCUUAAUUUCAAGAGCCUAAUCCCCAGAUUUUUCAGCUUGAUCCUGGAGGUCUUUUCUAGUCUGAGCUUCUUUAGCUAGGCUGAAACACCUGGGCAUAUUCUGGCCUCUACUUUGAUUCUAAUAAUGCUCACUCUGUCCUACCUAUUAUCCUUCCGCCUGUCCAGUUCAAAUAAGAAAUAAGGACAAGCCUAACUUCAUAGGAACCUUUCUAUCUUUAAUUAGUUGGUUAAUAAUUUACAGGUUCUUAGGCUCCAUCCUAUUUGUAUUAAAUCUGGCCUUUAAGCCUGCAUUUUUAACUAAGUCUUCAGUUAAUUCUUAGAUACACUAAAAAUUCAAGAAACUCUGCAUGUAACUAUUACUUUAUAGUUUGUCAUAUACUGCUUGUCAUCUGCAUGUCUACUGAGCAUUUAAUAUUUAUGUAAUAUGAAAUAAAGUUAUACAGUAAGUCAUUUAA